ACAGGGAUUUGAGUGCAGGUGACAGGCUGCAUAAACAGGCUGGUUUAUUUCUGUUUUAAAUUUAAAUGGAAUGGCCGUCAUCAGGACAUUUUUCUUACUACUACUCGCACUAUUUUUGUGUUAUUGCCUUGUCAGAGGAGUGCCAUCACAACCCAACAAGAGGGAUGUCACCAGUCAGCCCAACUCUUCAAACAACCAAGAAAACAUAACACUUGUAAAAACUAAGAAUCAGAUCAACAAUGAAGUCCAUGAUGAUGAGGCAGCAAGUAGUCAUUUCUUCACCAACCUUGUGUUCACAGCUGUGGUUGUCAUACUUCUGUACAUCAGUUAUCACAACAAGCGCAAGAUACUUGCUUACUUGAUGUAUACAAAAAAGUCAAGAUCAGGACGUCCUCUUAAAACCACAGAAUACCAACAGCUUGAACAGCAUAUGUGAUGUGGAAGCAGUGUGCUUCAGCAGCUCCAUCCUCUCAAGGUGAUUUGAAGAAGGCAUGUGGAUACCAGACUUCUGCUUUUUGUUGUGGUGCUCUGCAUCAGUUUGAUAUUGAUGAAUUAAUUUUGUACCUUUUCAGAUGCGUAUUGCACAACUGUGCAGUGUAAGCGUAUGAAGCGUGCUGUUUUUGUACUUGUUACUAAGCCACUGAAGCGAUUGUGUAAUUUAACCUGGUAUAGGAUCUCAGGAUAUUUUAGAAGCAGAUGAAAGUUUUGUGGAUUCCAGCCUUGUUUGUAGAUUUGUGAUUGCACUACGUACUCUAAAGAAGCC